AUGACCGAGGUCAGCCUCAAUGCUCAAUUCGGGGCGGAAUUGAAGGAUGCGUUCAAGCCGGUAAACUUGUGGGUUUCGAACGGGAUUGCCUGGCUAGACGACAUACAACAAUUCUACCGUGAAAGAAGCGGAAUUGAACGAGAAUAUGCGUCCAAACUGUCGGCAUUAUGCAAGAAAUACUCGGAUCGCAAAGCGAAGAAAAUCAGCAGUCUCAGUGUGGGAGACACGCCGACCAUGACACCCGGAUCGCUCGAAUCAGCAUCAUUGACGACCUGGUCUACACAAUUGACCACGGUGGAAUCACACGCAGCUGUGCGCGAUAAAUUUGGUCUUGAUUUAAUUACCCAGGUGGCCGACCCGCUCAAAAAUAUAUCCAUUCGAUACGAGGAACUGCGCAAAAGUCAUGUCGAAUUCUAUGGCAAGUUGGAAAAGGAACGGGAAGCAUCACUUGGCGAGUUGAAGAAGGUCAAGGGAAAAUAUGACGGAGUAUGUCAGGAGGUGGAAAACCGCCGCAAGAAGACUGAGUCCUCGUUUGACUACAACAAAACAAAGGCACAGGCUGCUUAUCAGCAGCAGCUAUUGGAAAUGAGCAAUUCCAAAAACACAUAUAUAAUCAACAUCCACGUCGCGAACAAGUUGAAAAACCAGUUCUAUCAUGAAUACGUUCCCGAAGUACUCGAUAGCUUGGGAGACUUGAAUGAAACCCGGGUUGAAAAGUUGAACGCUUUCUGGUCCCUUGCAGUUCAGCUGGAAAAGAACGCUUUGACGCAGAGCACCGAACUCUUGACACAUCUUGGGAAUGAAAUCCCGCGCAACAAUCCAAAACUCGACUCAAUGAUGUUUCUCCAACACAACGCCUCUCAAAGUCAGGAGCCACCAAAUCUAGUGUUUGAACCGAGCCCCGUAUGGCAUGAUGAUGAUCAGAUGAUCACGGACGAAUCUGCAAAAGUGUUUUUGCGCAACAUGCUUAUGAAAAGCAAGGUCCAGGCUAAAGAACUAAAACUAGAGGCAGAAAAACAAACAAAAGAGGUUGAAGCUGCUAAGCGUAUUCGAGAUAACGUAAGACAGGGCAAAGACAAACGAGAUGAAGUCGAUGUGGUAAGGGCAAUUUUCAACUUGCAAGAAAAGCUCCACGAGACCGAGCGCAAGAGAUUGACGGCGGAGGUUGAAACUCUGACCAUCUUGGCUGUGGUAGGCGACUUGUCCCUAGGAGCGAGAAAUCAUAACUUUAAAUCUCAGACGUUCAAGAUUCCUACCAACUGCGACCUCUGCGGUGAAAGAAUAUGGGGCUUGUCAGCGAAGGGAUUCGACUGUGUCGAUUGCGGAUAUACUUGUCACAGCAAGUGUCAAAUGAAGGUACCGGCAGAGUGUCCUGGCGAGCAGACCAAGGAGGAGAAGAAAAAGUUGAAGGCGGAACGUCAGGAGCAAGCACAAUCUGCUCCUACUGUUUCAGAGCCUACCCCCUCUCCGUCAAACGGAGCGGGAGCAGAGAUGCCGGCUUUGACUCGUAGAGAUACGAUGAACUCUUUGAGUUCGGGAUAUGCACACAGCGCGCAGCGAUCUGUUUCCGGCUCGGUUUCGUCUUCAAAGCCAUCGGGCGAAGAGCCCGCUGAACCGAGUGCUGCACCAUCUAGACCUUCUACAUCGACAACCACCAAACGACAUAGGGUUCUCGCGCCACCUCCGACGCAGUAUGUCAGCCCGACUCCGGCUGAGGCUCUGACCUUAAAUAAGAGCGAGCAGAGAGGAAAGAUGAUUUAUGCAUAUCAAGCUGGUGGUGAUGGGGAGGUGACUGUAAACGAAGGGCAGGAAAUUGUUGUCUUGGAACCUGAUGAUGGUUCUGGUUGGAUGCGUGUAAGGGCAGGUUCCCGGGAAGGAUUGGUACCGUCAGCAUACGCCGAACUUGCACCGGCACCAUCACCAGCAUUGACCGAGCGACCACCUUCGACUUACUCGAAUUCAUCGGCAUCAUUAGCCGGAAGUACCACAACGAAAAAGGUCGGACCGGCAGUCGCGCCUCGACGUGGAGCAAAGAAGCUACAAUACGUCGAAGCUCUAUACGAUUACGAAGCACGCUCAGACGCUGAACACAGCAUGUCGGAGGGGGAUCGUUUCGUGUUGGUUAGUAAAGAUAGUGGUGAUGGGUGGGCAGAAGUUGAAAAGGGAGGGCAGGUGAAGAGUGUGCCGGCGAAUUACAUUCAGGAGGUUUAGGUCUUUUAUUCGUAGGCCAUUUGUACAUAUUUAUUCGCUACUGUUAUUUUGCAUCAUACGUUAUGGCUUAACUAGUAUAUAGGCUUAACUGGUAUAUAGAAGCAUAU